AUGGCUACCGUCUCUGCCCCCUCCUCUCCCUCUGUCCUCCAUCACCUCCCAGAGCUCAACUACUCCUCCUGCCCCUGUCCAUCCAUCCAGACCCUGAAUGCCACCACACUGCCACCCCUCAUCAACCCUCCCUCCUUUGGAUUGUCCUGUUUCACCAUGACACUGGGUGGCCUCUCUAACCUAUGCGCCCUGGGCAUCCUGGCCAAGUCCUAUGUACGCUUCAGACAUCGGGCCAAAGCGCCGUUCCUGUUGUUAGUGGGGGCUCUACUGCUAACCGACCUGGCUGGUAAUUUGAUCCCUGGUGCCUUUGCCCUCCAUCUGCACCUGGGUCAGAGUCGGAGGCACAGGAUGGCUGCAGGAAUGUGUGACACCACCGAGCCUGCCGGGAUGUUCUGCCAACUGUUCGGUGCCAGCUUGGUGUUCUUCGGCCUGUGCCCUCUAUUACUGGGCAGCGCCAUGGCCGUGGAGCGGUGUAUGGGCAUUACCCAGCCCCUCCUCCACUCUGCCCUGAUCACGGUGGCCCACAUGCGUCUGGCUGUCCUCCUGCUGUCCUCCCUAGCCCUGCUGCUGGCCGGGCUCCCCCUGGUGGACGUGGGUAGUUACACAACCCAAUUCCCUGGUACCUGGUGCUUUCUGACAGUCCACGGGCCGCUCUCCACGGCUGACGCCACCCUGGCCCUCACCUUCUCCGGCCUGGGGCUCACGGCGCUCAGCCUCUCCCUGAUUUGUAACACCCUGAGCGGGCUGGCUCUGCUGCAGGCCAGGCUCAGCUCCCAGGGUAUCAGGACAAACACUACAGCAGCACCAGGACGAUAUGGAAGAACCUCCUCCUCUCCGCUACGCUCGCUGGAUGUAGAGAUGAUGGCCCAGUUGACAGUGAUCACGAUGGUGUCCUGUGUGUGCUGGAGCCCCUUUCUAAUCUCCAUCUCUCUGCUGGUGGGUCAGUUCUGCCGCGGCGGGCGAGGCUCCAGCCACACAGUACGUCAGUCAGAGAAGCUGGUUCUGUUGGGCCUCCGCAUGGCCACCUGGAACCAGAUCCUGGACCCCUGGGUCUACAUCCUGCUCAGACGGGCUGUGCUGCGCAGGGUCUUCCAUGUCCUCCAGCCAGACUCCAGGUCCACCCUGACACAGAGCAGCUCCUGCACUACAGCCUCACGCAGACAGGGGAUUGGACUACACUGA